AUGGAGGCGUCUACGCCAUCAAAGGUGGCAGAGGCGACAACGUCACCGUCGUCUCUGUCCCCAUCCAAGACCCGCCAUCCGCCUACGCGGGGCAUCUUGCGUGCACCGCCGCCGCCCGGCAACGACACCCUGUGGAAAGGACGUGCAUGGUGGUACCAAGUCAACGCCCGCCUCGCACAGCAAAACAUCGACGUCAAAAUCCCAGCAGGCACCUCACACAUGCUAAGCGGCAUGAUGAAGCGAUGGAACGUCGCCAUGUCGAACGACGCGUGGGCCGCCGAAAUCGAUAUUCACACGGAACGACUUCGUCGCGUGCAUUUCCGCACCGAGGACCUGGCGCAUACAUACCCCAUCUCACGUACGGAAGCGCCGGAAUCAGAAGCAUCUACGCGCCAGCGUAUUGAAGACGAGGCACUUGCACGUGCCCACCGCCUUCGCGCGCGGCCUUGGACCGCUCGUGAGCUCCAAAGUCUCUACCGCGUAUGCUGUCGGGCGCGCGAAGACGUACCACACUAUGCAGUGCUCGAGGCCCUGCAGCAAGCGUCGUCCUGGCCCACCUCGCGUGCGCGCACGCUGGAUUUCUCCGACGCGGCGCUGGGCCCAGCGUGCAUUCCCCUCACGGAUAUGCUCACGGCCCCCACGGGCACACAAGUUCUUGUUCUAGCACACUGUGCUUUGGAUGAUACAUGUGUACGUGCCAUCGUACGUGCCCUCUUUGCGUCGCAGGCAGUUCACACGCUGAAUAUCGCAGCGAAUCCCGGCAUUCAGCUCGAAGGAUGGCGCGCUAUUAGCACACUACUCAGCCAUGCGCCCUGGCUACGUCACUUGGACGUCUCGGAGAAUACUAUGACCAAGGCAGCAGUGCGUGCACUGCUCGCCCCCCUCGCCUUGCAUCGCGCUACAUCGCUACAGACAUUGCGUAUGGAGUCAUGCCAACUUCGCGGCGCUGCGCUCGAUCUGUUUGUGCAGGCAGUGCGUGUGUCGACCCUUCGUCAUUUGUCGCUCCGACGCAAUCAACUUGGGCCGACGAGUGGCGAGGCUCUCUAUAUCUUGCUCUGCGAUAUGGACGAGCAGGGCAUCACUGCGAUUGAAGAAGUCGAGCCGCUGUGUGUCACCUCCGUACCCGCACAGGACGAUCCGUACGGGGACGAACACCGGAUGGAUGUGGUGCGCUCCCUCACGCGCGACAUUUCCUCGGAAGAGCGGCGCACCGCCGCGAACGAACGCGCGUCGCUACGUGACGUCCUCCUGGCCCGUACGCAGGCGUAUCAGCACGCUCUGCUGGACGUCACGCAUGUCGGCCAUCUAUGGACGCUCGACUUGAAAUCCAAUGCGCUGCAUGACGGGGUCAUGUGGCUUGCUACGGCAUUGCGACGCAACCGCACACUCCGUGUCCUGUCGUUAAGCCACAACGAACUCACACCGGCCGGUCUGGCGUGCUUGGCCGAUGCACUGCGCUUCAAUACGACACUGGAAACACUCGAUCUGAGCCACAAUCCAUGCUGCGGCCCUGAUCUGAGCGGCAUUGUGCGUCUUCGCCUGGCCCUCGCGAUUCACCCACGCCUUAAGCGACUCGUCUUGAGCGAUACGCAUCUCGCUGCGGAAGGCGCGUUGGCUCUGGCCGAGUGCCUGCCUGAUGCACAGCAUUUGGUGCACCUGGACGUAUCACAAAACUCGGUGGGCCUGGUCGGCCUCCUUGCCUUGUCGGCCGGCACAGCGCCAAAUACGUGCUUGCGGUGCGUAGACGUGACGCUGAGCGAAGACUUGUGGGAACGCGAAGAGUACGUACGUGCAGCGCGGGCUUUGUACGCCACGUGUGCCCAGAAUACCAAGGACGCAGAGCUUCGUGCUACGGAGAAGACACCCGUGCAGCGGCCCCUGGACAAGUCCGUCUUGGCCGCUACCUUGCAGCGAUGGGAAGGCCAAGCACGCCCGGCCACGGCUCACGACGACAGCUCCGCCGCGGCAGCCUCUCUCGCGUCUCCGCCCGAAGAAUGGGAUCACGACUGGGAUCCCCCCUCCACCGCUUCCGACACCACACACGAAGAUCUACCAACACAAAAGGCGCACUCCCUCACGACCGAAGAAGGCGUGGCCUUCCGUGUGGCCAAAGAGAAGGAGAACAAAACGCUUCCAGCCGAUGCCGACGACGACGCCUUGCAGAAAGAGCUCCAGGACGCUGUGAAUUCGGAGCUGGUAUAG